AGGGGAUGUGGGGUUGCAGGGGAUGUGGAAGUUUCAGAUGCUUUGGGGUUUGUGAGGUUCUGGAUCUGAGGGAGAAAUAGGUGUGUUUUACUGGGGUUUGUGUUGGUAUGUGGGGUUGUAUUUGUAUGCAUUGGAGUCUGUGGGUUGCAGGUGUGUGUUGCAGUAUGAUAUAUUAUGGGGAAAUUUUGUCAAGGGGCUGUUUUUUCCAGUUCUUUGUGUGUCUGAGCAUCACCAGUGUGUGGAAAGGGUAUUUCAUGGUACCCAUGACAGUUUAUUAGAUUUCUAAAUGUGCCCCUGGGCCCUCAAAAAUGGGAGUAUCUUAGUAUACUGAAAGUGCUUGAGAGAAGGUAUCACACACACCCCAGAAAACCCCCCAAAUCUAGGAGUGAUAUAUUAAAUAAGCGACCUCUUAAACCACUACAGGAAAAUCUCCGGCUUGUUUCCUGUAAUAGAAACUCUGGUAGCUGUGGAGUUGCACUCAAAGAACAGAAGUUAUUCUGGGAUGUUUCUCAGAGAGUCAGGGCAACAUCUGGCUUCCUUGAUAUACCAGAGAAGAAGGUGCUGUGUUGCUCUUUGAUAGCCCAACAUUGCUGACUCACGCCUGGAACCUGGUAGGCCUCUGUGGAAAUCCCCCCCCCCCAGCCCAUGGGGUCAGUCUGCACACCUCAAAGCUUCUGGCUUAAAUAGUGUGGAGGAAGGAAGGAAAGUGACGGGGGUGAACUCAUAGCCAAGCGACAUACAGUCCUGGAGAGGGAAUCAUCUUCACAGCUGCCUGGAGAAAAACACCGUACUAUCAGAUCUCCCACCUGCUUCCCUGUGGACAUUUGUUGAGAGACUACCAGAGCGAAAUAACCGUUCACCAGCAGUGUUUUGCGGGAAGAAGAAGAGAUGAUGGCAAGUCGACUCCGCAGCCCCCUGAAGGAACCAGAGAUCGAGCUCUUUGUCAAGGCUGGCUUAGAUGGAGAGAACAUUGGGAACUGCCCCUUCUGCCAAAGCCUCUUCAUGGUCUUGUGGCUCAAAGGCGUCCGGUUCAACGUGACAACAGUUGAUAUGACCAGGAAACCUGAAGAGCUAAAGGACCUGGCCCCUGGGACCAAGCCUCCGUUCAUGGUGUUCAACAAGGAGCUGAAAACAGACUUCCUGAAGAUUGAAGACUUUCUGGAGCAGACUCUUGCACCACCCAAAUACCCCCGGCUCACCCCACAAAACCAGGAUUCUAUGGCUGUUGGCAGGAACAUUUUUGCCAAGUUCUCUGCGUACAUCAAGAACCCCCACAAGGAAGCAAACAAAAAUAUGGAAAAGGCUUUGUUGAGAGAAUUCAAGCGCCUGGAUGAUUAUUUAAGCACCCCACUCCCAGAGGAAAUUGACCAAGAUUGUGCAGAAGAUGUGCUGGUCUCCAAGAGAAAGUUCCUAGAUGGGAAUUGGAUGACAUUAGCUGAUUGCAACCUGCUCCCCAAACUCCACAUAAUCAAGAUCGCUGCAAAAAAGUACUGCAACUUUGAGAUCCCCUUGGAGAUGACAGCAGUUUGGCGCUAUCUUCACAAUGCCUAUGCCCGCGAUGAGUUCAGUCACACCUGCCCAGCUGAUGAGGAGAUCGAACGCACCUAUGCCACUGUGGCCAAGAAGAUGAGCUAAGAGCCAUAUUCCAUUCGUGUUGGCUCCUGGCAUUUCCAACUCUCCUUCUCGAGAGGCUCUCGUCAGCGAGUUCUUUUCAUCAUGCUGGCUUCAAGAGACACCUCUCACAUUUGUUCUGGACACUCCACCACACUAGACCUAAAGGAGUUCUUCAAACUUUUUUAGGGAAAAAGAAGUCUCUUCAUUCUGUCUGUUCUGUCACAUCUGAGUGCCUUCUUCCCAUGAUGAGUUGCCCAGAAGUGCUAUACAUUCCACUUUGUGGUGGCAGAAGUAGCUAGCAACCCAUGACCUGUGGACAUGGUUGGUAUGUGGCAGUGGGGGGCUGGUGGCCGUUGAGACUAGUAUGGCGGGUAGCUGGGAGGUCAACAGUAGGUGGAGCCAGAGCUGAUGGGUGGGGGCUGGGAAACAUACACCUGUAGAAUGCCUGCUUGGGGCUGGUGAAGGCAAUCAUCACUAAAUGCUGCCAUUUUCUAUCCACAACACUCUAGGUUCCCCUUUGGCUCCAUCUCAGCUGACAAGAUUGUGCCCUAUCUGUGCUGGUUGCCCACCCCAGUUAAUAGCUAAUGAUACUGUAUGAGGGUAGUAGCAAUGUUUGCAAUGUAAUCAAAUAUACAGGUAUGUACCAUGCACUGGGGAAAACAAUUAACUCUGGCCCUCCUGUGGCACAUUGGAUCAGUGCGCCUGGCUGUUAACCAGAAGGUUGAUGGUUUGAGGCCACCCAGGGACAGCUGUGGGCAGGAUCCCUACUUUGCCGGGGUUUGAAAUACAUGACCCUCAGGAUCCUUCCAACUCUACAGUUCUAUGAUUCUAAAGGAUAAAUUUCAGAGGAAUAGCUGUGCUAAGUUUGUUGUAGCAAAACAAAAAACAAACACACGCAGAUGUCCUUAGGCUCAUUAAAGAUUUAAGGCAUGUAUUGUUGCCUAAUAAAUGCACCUUGGCCAGAGCCUACUUCAUCACACAUAGGAACAUAGGAGGCUGCUUAUUCUGAAAGUUGGGCCAUUGAUCCAUCUUGCUCAGCAUUGUCUGGGAGUGGGUCUUAGGUUUCAGGCAGGAGACGCUCCUAACCCUAUCUCUUCCCAUGAAUGACUCUGGGCAAGCCUUUUGAAAGUAUUGGUACUAAUGCAAGUGGGAGGCAGGCUGCCAUUUACUCUGCUUUGGCCAGGAAGCUAGAGUUGGGCUGCCCGUCAAAGGAGGCAAUAUUACGCUAAAUAGGUAACUAGUCUGGUCUGGUCUGUGUCAGCUGACCAUGGUCCCUUAUGCCACAAUAAUGUGUAUUAGUGUUUCAGGUGCCACAAAGGCACUUGCUUGUGUGCUUGUCUCUCAAGGAAUCUCUUAGCCUUCUUCCAUUGCACUAGAACAAGGAAACUUUCCACUUAAAAAAAUAGAUGUGCCAGUUUACUGUCUAUUAAAAAAAAACAUUUAUUUUAUAUACAACUUUAUAAUAAACUUUAUUUUAUAUACAA